AAAAAGCGGGUAAAGAGUGUACAUUGUACAUAUACAAGAAAGAGGUUGCGGGGGGAGAGUGCAUUGUGACUCUCUGUCAGAAAGUGGGUUCUAGUGCGUGUUGAGCGCAGAUCGCGGGAGAGAUGAAGAGGGUCGAAGAAGGAGAAAUGGGCGAGGGAUUCAGCGGGUCGGUGGAAGGGGGCGCGAGCGUGUUGGGAGAGUGCAAGGACGAGGAAAUGUCCGGUGAGGUGAUGCCGAUAGGUUUGACUUUUUUGCUGCGUCGAUUGCCGGCGAAGAUGAAUGAGAAGACGCUUGUAAAGAUAUUGAAGGAGAAGAACGUGUCAUAUACGAAGGUCGACAAGAGGUAUGGGGCGAAGUUUGCGCGGGUUAAAUUCAAGACGUUAGAAGACAAGAGGUUGGCAGCGGAGGCGUUGGACGGGUUGGUAGUGGAGGGAGGAAAGCCGUGGGAGGUGAGUUGUCCAGAGAGGCCAAAUGGGGAAAGAAAGAGGAUGAAUAGUCGAGGAUUAAGGCACAAGGGUAACGAGUCGAAAAAGGCGAAAAUGGAGGGUUUUUCAGGUGUCUGUUGUAGCGAGUCAGAAACAGAGAAAGAAAAAAAUACUGAAAUUUUAAAUCAAAGUUCUCCAGAUUCGUCGGCUCAGUCUCCUUCAUGUAGAUCGAAUCCGAAUCGAACUAUUCUUCACAGCAUUGCUCCACUGAGCUACAUGCCGUACCAAGAUCAGCUCGAAUUAAAGAUGGAAAAAAUACGCGGCGCACUGGCGAAGCUUGUUCAAAAAGCCAAGCAAGCUUCCUCUGAUCGUGCUUCUCCUCCCUGGCUGGAGGAGCUCUUAAAGACGGCAUCGGAAUCGCCGGUUUUGGCGUGCCCGCUGCUCGAGAUCCUCCCUUCUCCAGUUGUUCAUGGAUAUCGAAACAAGAUUGAGCUCACCAUCGGACAGGGCACCUCUGGACAGAUCGAAAUGGGUUUCAUGCUUGGCGCAUUCAAAGAUGGUUUAAGCUAUGUUGUUCCUCCCGACGACGUGCCCAACGUUUGCCCGCACCACAUUCUCAUCUACCAAACACUGUGGCCUCUCAUUCGCGAAUCGGGUCUAGAAUCUUGGCAAAGACACGUCCACCGCGGGUUCUGGAGGUCUUGCCUCAUCAGGUCCAACUCCGAGAACGAAUCUCUCGUCAUGAUCCAGGUCAACCAAAAAUUCAUAGAACCUGAGCCCUACGAACGCCUCAAAGAACAAAUCAGGUCUUGGGCGCUAGGCCAUCCCAAUCUAAACAUUCUCUCGCUUUGGAUUCAGGAGUACGAUGGCAUUUCCAACUACCCUUCGCCCGACGCGCCUCGAAUUCUCUUGCUAGGCGCAGAGUACAUUUACGAGCGACUGCUCUCUACUUGCUUUCGAAUAUCGCCCACCUCCUUUUUCCAAGUCAACACGUCCGCCGCUUCAGUUCUUUACCAGCUCAUCCUCGAAUGGUCCAACGAUUGCCUCGCCGCUCGCCGAGUCGUCUUGGACGUCUGCUGCGGCACCGGCACCAUCGGGCUCUGCAUCGCCAAAAACUUCCGCCCAAAUUCCGUCCAGCUUAUCGGGCUGGAAUUGGCCGAAGAUGCCGUCCUCGACGCCAGGGCCAAUGCGGACAUCAACCAAAUACAAAACGCCACCUUUCACAUCGGCAAGGCCGAAGACCUAAUCGAGCCCAUCCUCAAAGACCUUUGCGAUCGCUUGAGCGCCUCCGAUCACGCGAGCGCCAACAAUGCGGCCAACAACAACGGGGCACCAACGACGACCGACGAUCAAGUCCAGCAGGACGACGGUGAUCAUACAGACGUCCGUCUCUCCUCAGAGGGCCAAUCUACAACCGCCGCUCACGAAUUUUUCGUCGGCGGCGUCGAACCACCUGACGGGCCCAUGGACUGCAUAGCCAUCUUGGAUCCACCUCGAGGCGGCCUUCACAAAAAAAACAUUGAGGGCCAUUCGUCAGUGCAGCGCCAUCAAGAAAAUCAUCUACGUCUCCUGCAACCCGAACUCGCUGAUCGAAGAUGCGCUCGUGUUGACCAGGGCACCCUCUAAGUCUACCCCAAACCCGCCCUUUGCCCCGAAAAAGGCUCGUCCCGUUGAUCUAUUCCCUCACACUCAUCACACCGAACUUGUCGUCCUGUUCGAGCGAUAGAAAAAACACAAGGAGGAAAACGAAUGCGACUUUUAAUAAAUGCUCUGGCCAGCGGAGUCCAAUGCAUGACUCUAAAACAGGCGACUCACCGUGGUGCAGCCCGGACGAAGAAGGACGGUAUUGCUCACGGAGAGUGGAGAAUAGAGUA